CUUGAUUCCGCCAGAGAAUGCAUUAUUCUCUCUCCUCCGAGUCAUUUCUAUCUCUCUCAUAAAACAGAGAGAUGUUAUAAAAAGCCAAAACCUUUACCACCAAAGCUUCUGCUUUCUUUCUUCUCCUUUACAGGUUGUCACAUCACUAUAACAGCGAAACUCUCGGCGAUUAGUUAAAACAAAAACUUUCCGGUCAUAUCAUCAUCCUUCUCCUCUCUCCGAUCUCCACAAAACACUUCCUUUUUCUUUCCCGAUGAGGUGUAAAAGACACACCGUCGAUCUCAGCAGCAGCACCGCCGGCGUCUGCGCUUCUUGCCUCCGCGAACGUCUCCUCUCCCUCGCCGCUUCCGCCGCCGUCACAGAAGAUGACAACAACUACAACAACAACCAUCACCAAUCGCGUAGAUCAAAUAACCUGAUUUUCCCUCGCUCUGUUUCUCCUUACGCAGCCCGUAGAAAAUCCGACGCCGGAGUAGGAGGAGAUCAUCGCCGCCGGUUCAUCACCACGCCUCAGGUGGAUACAGGAUUCUCCUGCAGGGACUUCGAAUCGAACCGUUCGUCUACCAAAUCGAGCAGAGCUUCGAGACUCUCCAAUCUGUUCAGAGCUAGAUCUGACGAUUUCGACUCCGAUACCAAGUCUCGAGUCUCUUGCUCCUCUUCUUCCUCCUCGUCUCGGUCGUGGAUCUCUUCGUUUCUCUCCAAGAAGCAGCCGACGACGACGACCAUCGAGGACGUGAUCUCUAGUCGCAGACCUCAGCGAGUGUUCUGUCGAGGAAUGUCGCCGGCGAGGGAUAUCGAAGGAGAGGAUGAAAACGAGCCACCGUCGGAAUCGAGAAGAACUCCGGGGAGGAGGAUAGGGAAGAGCAUGUCGGGGAUGGCUUUCUGUUUGAGUCCGUUGGUGAGAGCGAGUCCUAACUGUCCGUUUAGACGGAAAAUCAGAUUCCCGUCGGAGUUUAACGGGAGUGUCGUCGGCGAGGUAACGGUGCCGGAGAAGCCGCAUAUCGCGGAAGCGGCGUCGUUUGGCGCGAAUAGAUCGAAGAAGCUUGUGGAUAUAGGUAGAGUCAAUCACCGCCGUUGAGUUUAUUGGUGGGCAGGUUUGGUCAAUGUUUGACUUAGCGCCAUAAGUGUGUAUCCUCGUAACUACUAAAGAUAUUGAUGGAUUUAUUUUAUAUAAAAAUCAAGCUUUUUAUUUGACUUUGCUGGUGAAUCAUCAGAAAGAAAAAUAGUUUAAA